AUGAUCCCAGCUCGCAGCUCCCUCCGGCAUGGGGACGGGCACGACUUCAAGAAUGGGCUCAGGAGGAGCGCCGUCGGACUGGACCUGGGGCGGCGGUUGCUGGUCGUCCUCAAGCACUCGUCCAAGCCUUCAGAGAAGCCGCAGGCGAUCCGGGUGGUGGACCAUGGAGAGCAGCAGAAGGAGGCACUCCGGCGGCUCUACGACGCCCAGGUGCUGCUGCAGUCCUACGAGGAGCAGCUGAGUGCCAAGGAUGAGCAGCUUUACAAGAUCCAGGUCUGCGUGAAGAAGGCCAUCCGUGAGUCGAGUGCUGACUACCUGCGGGAGCCGCAUCUCAUUGAGUCGUUGGGCCUGAGCGAGGAGGAGCUCCAGGCGGAAGGCAUCGCCACCACCGACAAGCCGACGGGGAAGACGGCACGCUUUGAGGCCAUGCUUGACCAGAGCUUCGAGACUCAGAAGUGGGAAGAGAAGCAGGACAGGGAAAGGAAGGCCAAAGACCUGCAGGCGAGUGGCAGCAGCCUUCCGGUCCCGGAGCACAACCAAAGUGACUUGCAGUGGUUCAAAGUCCCGUACUGGCUGAAGGCUGAUGAAGAGACGAGGGAGAUGGUCCACAAUAUCAAGCAGCACUUCCUCGACGAGAUGAACGCCAAGGGCCACUUCGACCACAACACGUUUCUCGACCACCUCUGGCAGUGUGGCUUCCAAGUUGCCCAGCACUGGGCGGGCUCGCCGAACGAGGAGCUGGUCAAGCAAGCGGAGGCCGCCGAGAAGAAAGCCCGAAGCGUCCAGCGCCAAGCACUCCAGGAGACCUCCAUGCUGCGCCAGCACAUCAAGCGCGUGGAGCGCAAGUACAAGGAACUCCAGAGCAACGCCGCAAAGAUGCAGAAGGCCAUGUCCACCAUGGCCUCCCAGCUCAAGGAGGCUCGUGAUACUGCAGCGAUGUUCGGGGUGGAGCUGCCACAGUCCUCCGGCGAUACCAACCGCCGGCCCUCUGUGAGCAAUCCCUGUGCCAUGGCUCUUUCCAUGUCUGGGACGUGUCCAUGA